AUUCUAAAGCGCGCCAUUUUACAAUCAGCAACAAUCGAAGACGGAAAGAAAAGAGCUCUCCUUUUUCUCUCUUCGCCUACUAAAGGGCAAGCUAUCUAGUAGCAUGAUAAAGCUUCAAACUAUAUAGAUUUACACAAAGGAAAUCUAGAAAUCCAGCUAAAUCUUUUAGCUUCAAUGCUUGUUCCAUCACUUGAUUUUCGAUGUUUUUCCCUUAGAAAACACAGUCUUUUCAUUAAAUUCCCCAGGAGGUCUCUUUUAGCCUCAUUUCAGUUGGUUUCUUGCUUUACUACCCUUGUUGCUACAAAUGAGAUAAACCCCAUUUUCUAUCCACCUUUAAAAGUCACACCUUUCAAAGAAAAGGUAAAGCUUGAUAGAACUAAAAGGUUAAAACUUUACUCUAAGAUUCUACAUGAUUGUGCUUCAAAAGGGUCUUUGCGUUUAGCCAAAGUUGUUCAUGGGAAGAUAAUGGAAAAUGGACUUGACCCAGAUUUGCAUUUAUGGAACUCUUUGGUGAAUGUUUACGCCAAAUGUGGGAGCUUUGGAUAUGCUUGUAAAGUGCUUGAUAAAAUGCCCGAAACAGAUGUUGUGUCUUGGACUGCUCUGUUUUCUGGUUUAGUUAAUGAAGGGCAUGGAUCUGCUGUGUUGGGUUUGUAUUGUUUUAUGAAGAAAGAUGGUGUUAGGCCAAAUGGGCAUUGCUUGGUGACUGCUUUGAAAGCUUGUUCUUUGAGUUUAGACUUGUUUUUUGGGACACUGUUGCAUGGAGAAGGUGUUAAAGUUGGGGUUUUGUUGGAUGUUUUUGUUGGGUCUUCCCUUGUUGAUCUUUAUGCAAAAUGUGGUGAGAUGGAACUCGCUGAGAGAGUGUUUGUUUACAUGGAUAAAAAGAAUGUUGUGUCAUGGAAUGCAUUGCUUAAUGGUUAUGCUCUAGAGGGUGAUGCAGGAAAGGUUUUGAAUUUGUUUGAAGGGAUGACGGAAUCUGAAUUGAGAUGUAGUAAGUUUACUUUGUCAAAUGUGCUCAAGAGUUGUACGUAUUUGGGAAACUUAACGUGGGGCUUGAUAGCACAUUCUGUUGUGAUUAAAUCUGGUUGUGAGCAUGAUGAAUUUGUUGGUUGCUGCCUUCUUGACAUGUAUUCAAAAUGUGGACUGGCUGAGGAUGCACUCAAGGUCUUUCAAAGGAUUCAAGAACCCAACAUUGUAGCCUGGAGUGCAAUGAUUGACUGCCUUGAUGAGCAAGGCCAGAUUCAAGAAGCAGCUGAGAUGUUUUGCCUAAUGAGACGCAAAGGGGUAAGCCCCAAUCAGCAUACUUUUUCCAGUAUUGCUGGUGCAGCCACUAAUUUGGGUGAUCAGUUUUUUUGUGAAGGCAUUCAUGCGUGUAUAAUUAAAUAUGGCUUUGAAUCUGAAAACGUUUUGAGCAAUGCACUUAUUUCCAUGUAUAUGAAAAUCAGGUCUGUCCAAAAUGGUUGGCAGGUGUUUAAGGAAAUGAGUUCAUGGGAUUUGGCUUCAUGGAAUGCCCUUCUUUCUGGACCACAUGAUGAUAAAACUUGUGAUCAGGGACCAAUUAUCUUUCACAAAAUGCUUGCAGCAGGUUUUAGGCCUGAUAUCUGCACCUUUACUAGCAUCCUAAGAUCUUGUUCCAGCCUCCUAAAUCUAAAAUUUGGACAGCAAGUACAUGCUCACAUAAUAAAGAAUGGCCUAAAUGGUAAUAAUUUAGUGGGAACAUCUCUUAUUGACUUGUAUGCCAAAAAUAGAUUCUUGGAGGAUGCAGAGCUACUUUUCAGUCAAUUGAUUGAGAGAGAUCUUUUUUCGUGGACAGCAUUAAUUGCUGGUUAUGCUCAAACUGAUCGUGUAGAGAAGGCUAUCAAGUGCUUCAAUCAGAUUCAAAGGCAAGGUGUGAAACCCAAUGAAUUCAUUCUUGCUACCUGUUUGAGUAGUUGCUCUAAGAUGGCAAUGUUGGAAAAUGGGCAGCUGCUUCAUUCUAUGGCGAUUAAAGCUGGGCAUUCAGCAGACCUGUUUGUAUCAAGUGCUCUUGUAGAUAUGUAUGCCAACUGUGGUUGCAUAGAAGAAGCUGAAUCUGCUUUCCAGGGCAUGGCGUCAGCAGAUGUUGUAUCGUGGAACACAAUGCUUUUUGGAUACUUGCAACAUGGGCAAGGAUUGAAGGUCUUGGAAACUUUUAGGACAAUGUUGGAUAAAGGCCUUGAGCCAGAUGAGGUUACAUUCAUAGGAGUUUUAUCUGCAUGUAGUUAUAUGGGCUUGGUUGAAGAAGGGAAAGAGCACUUUGACUCUCUGACCAAUGUUUAUGGAAUAGUACCUACAAUUGAGCAUUAUGCCUGUAUGAUUGAUAUUUUAGGUCGAGCUGGAAAAUUUAAUGAAGUUGAAAGCUUUGUGAAGGACACGAAGGUUACAUCAACUGCCUUGAUUUGGGAGACAGUUCUUGGGUCUUGUAGAAUGCAUGGAAAUGACAAAUUUGGUGAAAUUGCUGCGGAGAAACUCUUCGAGCUUGAUCCUGAAACAGCCUCCCAUUACAUAUUACUAGCAAAUAUUUUUGCUGCCAAGUGUAGGUGGGAUGAUGUCCGUAGGGUCAGGGCAUUAAUGACCAGUCAUGGUGUUAAGAAAGAACCUGGGUGUAGUCGGGUGAUGGUCAAUGGUCAACUGCACAUCUUCAGGUCUGCAGAUAGUUCGCAUCCAAUGAACAGGGAAAUCUAUAUGAAAUUGCAGGAGCUUGUGCAGAAGGUUAUUUUAGCAGGUUAUGUGCCUAAGACAGAACAUGUGCUCCAUAACGUUAGUCACAGAGAAAAAAUGGAACAGCUCUUUUGUCAUAAUGAAAGGUUAGCACUUGCUUUUGCCCUUAUAAGCAUCAACCCCAUGAAAACAGUCCGGAUAUUCAAAAAUUUGCUCAUAUGUGAAGACUGCCAUGAUUUUAUGAAGCUUGUCUCUGGUAUCAUAGAACAGGAGAUUGUUGUUCGUGAUGUGAAUUGUUUCCAUCACUUCAGGAGUGGCAUUUGCUCAUGUCAAGAUCGGUGGUGAUUUUGCUCUAUUCAUCCAGCAAAAAGCCUCCAGGUCCUUUGAGUCCUGGAUUUUCUCAAAAUCUCCAAGUUGCUUAUGACGUGGAGUCAUCCUUGUCUGAGCAUCUUAGGAUCUGGCGGCACUUGAGGAUCAUUAGCUAUCAAUAUCACGUGUUCAAAUCAAGGCUUCUGAUCUUAGUCACAGGCAGCCAAAUCACCUCAUUGCUUAUCACUGCCAAGGCCAAUGUUAAUGGUGCUUCAAAUGGUCCUGAUUUUGGGGAACGUCCUGCAUUGGCAAGUGAUUAGGUUGGCAUCCAGAUUUGCAAUGUUGGAUUUCACAGUGAAUGUUUAUGCAAAAUAUCGAAGUUUCAGGUCUUCCUAGGUUAGGGUGAUUUCUGAUUCCCCGAGACCGGGAUAUGUUGGAGAAUUCAUCAUGGCCUGGCAGUUUAACAAGCUGAAUGUGAAAUGAUACUUGAUCCCGUGAAUUAGUGCGGUAGGACCAUCAAGUUUGCCUUCACUUUCCUAUAGCAUGUUGGGAGGUUUAUUCGAAGAUGACAACUUCUUGUGCAAUGGAAGUUUUUGAUCUGUAUCACAUUCAAAGACUAACAUUCUUCAGCAUCAAGUAAUCCGGAUGUAGACGAAUGCUUACACGAUCAUAAAUCAACGCCUUGAUAAAGGCUUGCUCGGAAUCUACCCUAAAGGAACACAGAUGUUGUUUUCAUAACGAGCCAAGUUUGAAUGAUUUUUUACCCAUUGAUGCCAGUGACUUUGAAGAGCAACGAAGCUGUUCCGGGCUUCUGGGAAUCAGCUCUUACCCUCGAAAGUGGCAGAGCCUGCAACAAUUCUGGAGUUCUAAACCGUCUCUUGUUCUAAUUUUCCUUGGAAAAAAAAAAACCAUUGUAAAGUGUUUCAUAGCUUAGGAGACAGAAUGAGAGAGUUCAUUAUCUGAUAUACAAAGUGGAGAAUGAACAGACAUACAAGUAGGUGGGUAUGCCUUUAUUUUCCUACUAAGUCUAUCAAAAUGAGGGUUCAUAAAGCACUUCUAUCAA